UGUCACUAUGUACAGGCCAAAGUAAGAAGCUAAAUGGUGGGGUGUCAUCUAAAACAAGUAACAGCCUGUUGGAAUUAGAUACGUUUUAAGUUUCAUCUGAAAUGUCACAAGCUCGAUACUAUGAGCCGAAUGCGGGACCACUGAAACUCGAACAUGACCUCUCCUUCUCUCCAGUGCAUUUGGAUGCCACCCCUCGGGAUCUCAAGUUCAACCCUGUAGUCGGUUCUCCAUCAGUUGUAUACCAGACUGACUUUCGCUACAAAGGCUAUCCAGGACACAGCUUUCUAAGCCCUAGAAUCCCUGUCAUUCACUCGCUAGAAGCAGCAAAACGAGCAGAACAAAAAUACGCUGAUCACUACGGGAAACAGUCAUUAUUUGACCCAGUAAAGCCACGUCUGUACGAGGGUAACCGAGGCGUACAGUACGGCAGUCAACACUUACACACGCCCCCACCGGCUCCACAGCGAACAUAUAUACCUCCUUCUGUGAGGGCGGUACCAUUUGGAGAGAAUAAAACGGAGUGGCAGCUAAACCCUAGGCAGGAGGAGAUUGACAAACGCGUGUUCCUGCAGAAAGAGGUGGAGCAAGAUAUUCAGCGAUACAAGGAAGAACAGGCUCGGAAAAAACAUAGGGAAAUGGAUGAGAAGAAGAAGGACUUGGACCGCCUAAGGAACAACUUCAUGUUAGAUGCACAUAAAUAUGGUCAUGGUGCUUCAAAGGGGGAUGGCGAUCACAAGAGGAGGAAAUUCCAGGAGGAGGAGUUAUCUCCCCGUGCAAACCCUCGCUACAGAGACCCAAAGUAUGGUAAUCCUAACAGACAGCUAAAACAACCACUAGACCUGCCUGGAGAAGAGAAACCUAUGGAUCGCUGGACCUUGGAAGGGGAGACCAAGCAUCCAGACUUCUUCCUGAGCGAGCUGAGCAAGGAGCGUGCUGUGGAGCAGCCUGGCAACACGGACCACACCCUGCGGGGGGACGGCAUCAUCCGCUUCCAGGAGGAAGGUCGCAAGUCUAUAGAGAACCGAUUCGCUACAACAAGCCCCAGCAGGAGAAGGAGGAACUGCGGAGGGAUCUAG